AUGAUUGAAAAAUUCAUGUUUAGUCCGGAGACCAAAUCGAAGUCAGAUAUUGGGUAUAAUGGGUUUCCAGUACUGUUGAGUUACUUCACAGCACUCCCAGAUCCGAACAUAAUCUCCAGUCCUCAUGUGACGGUGAUAUUCAAAUCUUUGAUGAAGAGAGACUCUACUACCAAAGAAAAGUCAUUAAAUGAAUUACAAGCCAUUUUCAAUCAACAAUCGAAACAAGAACUUAGAGACGAAGGGAUUAUACAAUGUUGGAUCCAGAUCUUUGCCAAGUUGGCUUUCGAUAAUUCCAGAAACGUCCGGUUAUCAGCAUUGAAGGUGCAAGCAAGUUAUCUUCAGUUAAUGGGAGGGAAAGCCUUUUCCAAGUAUUUAAAGAGUUCUUUACCUAUAUGGUUAAGUUUGAUGUACGAUGCUGAUAAGCAGAUCUCUACAAUGGCUUACAGCUCAUUAGUAGACAGUUUCGGUGAUAAAGAAAGAGUAGAUAGUAAGAUUUGGGAGAUUUUCCAUAGUGAGAUUUUACAUUUCAUAGAAGCAAGUUUGUUUUAUGAGACCAAAAAGACUUUAAGUGAUGAAAGGAACACCACCGAUGAUGAUUCAGUUGCUAAACAUGAAAGAAUCAUCAACGGAAGUUUGAAUUUACUCAAUAAGUUGGUGGUUUUGGUGAAUCAAGGAAUGUCCAUAGAUUACUCAUUUGAUGAUUUACUCGAUAAUGAAUUAUUAUGGGAACCAAUGACCCAAUGUUUUGCAUCCAAGACCUUUAAUGCGUCCAUGGCUAACACAUAUCUUGUCCUUAUGAAGUCAAUGUUUCAAGAAGAUCAAGUAGAAAAGGGAAUCCAGAAUAAAUUCUGUAAGCAAUUAUCCAGUGCCAGAAGUAUAUAUAAGCAUGUUCUGAAGAGAUUUAUCAAACAAAUCAAAUUGAAAGCAUCAAAUAAUUCUCAGACGAUUGUCUUUGGGAUGAUGAUUCUUCAAUUUUGGGGGACUUUGAUCAACUUGACUAAAUUCUCAUCUUUAGAAGGGAAGAAAAAACCCAAGGAAAACUUCUGGGAUAUAAGUUCCAGUGGACAAACGAGAUUGAUAGAUUAUAUUCAACUUGGGGCUUGUAAUUCUGAUCCUAUAUAUUACAUUUUAUUGAAGAAUUGUUUGUUGCUCAUACUUCAACAUUCGAACCUUGAGUUUAAAGAAUCCAAAUUGGCCCAAAGCAUCGUAUCAACUAUCGUAUCAGACAUGAAUAAAGUACGUAUUGGGUAUAAGGAGACAGCUUUGGAAUGUUUGAUAGGUUUCACUAGAGCUAUUGAUGAGAAUCUCUUGAAAGAAGCCUUACCUUCAUUAGUUGAGAUUUCUAAUAACAUUAAAGGUCCUAAAGGUAAGUUUCUUGAUUUACUAGCUGAUGCUUUAGGAGAAGAUUCUGAUUCUGCUUUGGAGACUCAACAAAAAGAUAUUCCCCAAUAUAUACGUAGUGGUAAGAAUCCCGUGGAGAUCAAUGCAUUUGUUGAAUUGGUUAAUAAGGUAAGUUUUGAUGUUUCAGGUUUAGUAUCGGAGAUUUUGACGUUGAUCGAAGACGACGGUUGUGCCAAAAGAGGGUUUGAAGUGUUGACCAAAUUAGUGAAGAAGGUGAAAUUGAACGAGAAAGUCACCGAAGAACUUGAAGAAUUCAACUCUUCCGUAGCUAUGUAUAUGGAAAAAGAUACCGAUUACGUAAUUAAUUAUCUUUUCACCAUUUGGGCCAACAAGGAAGCUGAUGUUGAAGUUGUGGAUGAUUUGAUUGUCAAAUUCCAAAUGUUGGAACUUGAUUCUUCCAUUCUCAUCAACAAACUCUUGAACAAGUUUUCAUGGAGAUACGAGGAAUUGCCCGAGGAGUUGAAAGGUUACAUUGAUUCCUUGGUUCCUAAGAAAAAGACCCCUGAAGAAUGGACUUUGGUUAUGAAGUUUGUUGAUUCCUUAUUUGAUGAGAUCUUGGACAACAAUGAUGAAACUGAAGUUGUUAGGAAUUUCACUUCCACCAAGAAAAUCGUAUCCCAAUCACCAAAAUUAGACGGGUUCCUCAGUAAAUGUUGGUCUUUGAACCCAAAAAUCAUUGAUCUGAUUGACCCUGAACUCGUCCGUGGAUCUAUGUGGACUUAUUUGGAAACUGAAGAUGUUAAUUGGGACUUGUUAGCUGGAGAAUUACCAUAUCUCUACUCUCAAUUGGAUUUGAGAUUAACUAAUCUUCCUAAUAUCAAUAAAGAUAUGUUGGCAGUGUCAAAUUCUAUAGGUCAAAACAUCCAUUUGAUCGAAGCUAAAGACGGUCAACCUUUGAGUUUGAAAGUUAUAGAGAAUUUCUUCAAAGUACAAGACCUCGAUACUUAUCAUGGAUUGAUUCUUGGUCAGUAUGUGGAAGAUUAUGUGUUUUUAACAGGCCAGGAUGUUACUUUUGAGUAUAAGAAACCUCUGGUUCAAUACGAAUUUGGUACUGUUAUGGAUACUUUACUUUCCACAACAUCAGAUAAACUUUUGGGCCAAUUAGUCAAUGGACUUGAUGCCAAAGGUGCUAUACAAUCUUAUAGUGCUAGAAUUUUAAAGGAUAUAUUGGAAAAUGCCAGUGAAAACAUCAUAUCCACAGCAUUAGAUCAAUAUGACUUUAAUCCACUUUUAAGGUCACCAGUCAAAUUGGCUAUAACUUUAUCAGCACUCACUAAUCACGUGACACAUACUAAAUUUGAUAGAGUCAGGAAUUAUGUGGUUUCAGAGAUCUUGGGGGUCAAAAACCCUAUUGAUGGAUUGAAAUGGGUGGUUUUAACUGUCAAUUUCCUUGUUGAUGGGUUCAUUAUCCCUCCUCAUAGAUUCAAUAUGAUUGUUAAACAGUUUGAAAAAUGGUUGGACAGUGAAUAUGCCUAUGAACCUGAGUUCAUCCCUAUAAGAAGCCAGAUCACCAAGAUCUUGAGGUUUUUCGAUUCAGAUAACGAUUUGUGUGAAAGAUUGAUCAGUGAUAACUUGGAUUUGAUAAAGAUCUCUCCUCAAGACACUUAUGAACUUAGAUACGCUACCUUGAAGUUCGGAAUAUCCAAAAAUGAGUUAUCGGAUUUAUUGUUUGACGAAACUGUUAUUGAUGCCGACAACAAGGUUAACAAUCAUGUGGUAAUCAUGUGCCUUGAAUUAUUGAAAAGAGCUUUGGGGUCCACAUCCAUUGAUGGAGAUAUCAACAAGUUCAUGGAAUUAUGUCUCAGUACCAAAUUCCAACCAAUCAAACAAAUAUGUAUUGAUCAACUUAUUAUCAAGAUCAAUAAAGCUCAACAAGACUUGGUCAUCGAUUACCAACUCAACAAAGAUGAAGAAAUGGUGGUGAAGUUACCUGAAAUCCUCAUCAAUCAUGUUAAACUGUUCCACUACCAGGAAGACACUGGAAUACACGGUAAUAUUAAUUACUAUGUGGUAUGGUAUUUGUUAUUGAUUCAUUUCAAGGAUAUUACAUAUUCUAUACGUAACCAAUACUUAUCACAGAUCAAGGGGGAUAACUUACUUGAUAAGUUCUUAGAAAUUGUGUUUGAGAUUGAACAGAUUGAUUAUAAGAAAGGUGAAUUUGAUGAUGAGAUUGACAUAGAAUCUGAAACUUUCAUCAUCCAAUUGUAUUAUUUGAGUUGUAAGUAUGUGGGAUCUGAAGUUCAACAAUGGUUCAAUGGAUUAAGAAACGUUCAAAUGAAGCAACACAUUGAAACAUUUACCAAAGCCCAUUGUUCAAGUAAAUUGAUCGAUUUGAUGUUGACAGGGGUUGAAGACAGUAAAAACAAAUUGACCGAUGAUGUAAUGACUCUUAGAGUCAACAGAGUGAUCAAUGAAGUGAGAUCAAUCUUUGAAAUCGAUGACCAAACCAUGGAAAUGGUGAUAAAGAUUCCUUCAAAUUUCCCAUUAGAAAGUGUGGUAGUUGAAGGGCCUAAGAAAGUAGGUUUGAAGGAGAAUGAAUGGAAAGCUUGGUUAUUAUCGUCACAAAGAGUUAUCUCAUUGACCAAUGGUUCAGUUUUGGAAGCCAUAGAAUUGUUCAAAAAGAAUGUCAAUUUACACUUUUCAGGAUUUGAAGAUUGUGCAAUUUGUUACUCUAUUUUACACCAAGAUCAUUCCUUACCAUCCAAGAGCUGUCCAACAUGUUCGAAUAAGUUCCAUGCUGCAUGUUUAUAUAAAUGGUUCAAGAGUAGUGGAAGUAGUACAUGUCCAUUGUGUAGAAGUACAUUUAACUUCAGAAAGACCUAG